AUGUAGGAAAAGUGCAAGUAGAGAAAAUAAUUUUUAAUUCAUUAAACAAGUUUUGAAAUCUAUUUAACUUAUUCAAAAAAGACAAAUUUAGGGAUAAUUGAAAUCUUGAAUUCAACUACAUCUUAAUUAUUAUUUAUAGAGGGAAAAUAUGAUAAUUUCAAAGAUAAAGAUUAAUUAUCAUAUUUCGAUGUAGUUUAGGAAACCUGGACUAGUUUUGGACAAAAUUCUUGUAUUUUUGAGUCUGAUGUUCAGAAAUCAAAAUGA